AUGGACCGCUGCAACCCCGACUACAAAGAUGCCGUUUGGGCGUUUUACCGGUUCGAGCCUUCGGUAGAGGCCAACGUCGUUUUUGUCGUUCUGUUCUCGGUGUCGACGAUUCUGCACAUCUUCCAGAUCUUUAGAACGCGAACAUGGUAUCUGACAGCGCUGGUGGCGGGUGGAUGUGCUGAGAUUAUCGGGUACAUCGGUCGAAUAUUAAACGCCAAGGAGGAUCCAGGAUGUUGGACCAUGGGUCCGUACAUUAUGCAGAACGUCUUGAUCUUGAUUGCGCCGGCACUCAUGGCGGCGUCCAUCUACAUGAUCUUGGGACGAAUCAUUCUUUUGACAGAGGGUGAACAUCAUGCGUUGAUCCGACGACGUUGGUUGACCAAGAUUUUUGUGUUUGGCGAUGUUGCUUCUCUGCUGCUUCAAUCAUCGGGUGGUGGUUUAAUGGCAGUCAACGAAGAUCUCCAAAAGAUUGGACAAAAUGUCAUCAUCGGCGGUCUCUUUGUUCAACUCCUCUUCUUUGGCUGCUUCAUCGUCACGGGCGGCAUCUUCCACCGACGAAUGCGCCUCGCACCGACACCGAAAUCAAUGGAACCCGCGAUCCGAUGGCAAACAUACCUCAUUACUCUAUACGUCACGGGCAUCCUAAUCUGGAUUCGAAGUUUAUUCCGAGUCAUUGAGUUUAUCGAAGGAAACGACGGACAUUUGAUGCGCAGCGAAGUAUGGGUUUUUGUCUUUGACGGGUUGUUGAUGUUGAUCGUCUUGGUGUGGAUGAAUUGGUUUCAUCCGGGUGAGAUUGGACUUUUGCUUAGGGGUGAUGAGCCGAUUAGGAAUGGGCUCGAGUUGGUCAAGGUUGGGGGGAGGAAGAAGAGGGCUGCUACUAUGGAGAGUUUGGAGUCUGACCAGAAUGUUUGA